AUGCACGUGGACCCCCACAAUCUCUUGCCUGGGCAAGCUCCCUGCAGCGAUAGCGGCGACAAGUCCACAGACUCCCAGCAGGAUGACUCGCAGACGGCGGUGAGUGACGUUGUCCCACGCAAGCGUGACUGGGUGAAGCUGAAUGUUGGUGGGACGUACUUCACUACAACGUUAGCCACGCUCUUUUCGGAGCGUGAUAGCCUACUAGCAUUACUGGCUCAUACCGAGAUGGAGCGCAUGGCUCCCGUAGACAGGGAUUUAGAUUGCGCUAUCCUGCUUGACCUUGACCCACUCUAUUUUGGCCCUAUACUGAAUUACCUGAGACACAACGUGCUUGUCAUCCCACCCGGCACCCCAGCCGCUGGCGUCUUGGCAGUCGCAGAGUACUUGAACUUGCAGGGGGUGGUGCAGCAGCUUGCGCCGGAGCGGCAGAUGAAGCGGCAGCUGCUGUACAGCUGGGGCUCUGGCACCUCGGGGGAGUUGGGGACGCAGCGAUUUCAGGACUGCAGCACACCAACUCUCGCGCAGAUUACCCCCUUUGGCGUGCGUGUGCUGGAUGUUGCCCUCGGCGCCAACUACAGUUGCGCCCUCUCCGACGACGGCAACAUUUACACGUUUGGAAACGGGGACUGGGGCCAGCUUGGGCUUGGCAUGCCACGCGAGCUUGACGAGCAUCCGGAUGACAAGUCGGCGGUGGUGACGGUGCCACAGCGCAUUCCACUGUUUGAGCAGCACGCGGCCGUGCAUCUCGCUGCGGGCUACGCCUUUGCCAUGGCCCUCACCGCAGAUCAUCGGGUCUACUUUUGGGGAAACAACAAUCACGGACAGAGCGGUCUCGGACCACAGUACUUUGGCUACUCCCUGCGAAAGGUGGAGGAGCCAACUCUUGUUAAGACGCUGGAGGGAAAACGCAUUGUGCAGUUGGGCUGUGGGAGCUUUUUUAGUUUGGCGCUCGACGACGAAGGGACACUGUACAGCUGGGGCCUGCUAGAGUGCCUGGGAUUGGGGUCCACGGAGGAGGUGCGGGCGGCGAUCAAGGACCCCUCCAUCAUCAGCGAGUCCCUCAGCACGGAGAAGCGAACGGUGGUAUUGGUUCCGCAGGUUGUGCGGGUGCCGACGGACCACAAACUCAUCCGCGUGCAUGCGGGGCAGUGGCACAGUGGGGUAAUCAACACGGCCGGCGAACUUUUUACGUGGGGGGUUGGGUACCAGGGCCGUCUUGGGCACGGUGACAAGGAACCGGCGCUGGUGCCAACCAAGGUGCGCGGCGCCCUCACUGGGCAGCGCGUGGUGGAUGUGGCCUGUGGGUCCUUCCACACCGUGGCGUUGACGGAGCGCGGGGCGGUGUACUGUUGGGGCGACAACGCCAGUGGUCAGUGUGGGGCGAAGUCCAGCGUCGACGCGGUUACCUCUCCGUACCGGGUUGUGAACCUCGAGUUUGUGGCAGGCGGCGUCGCCAAGGCAAUUUCCUGCGGCCGGCAACACACGGUGGUGGUGAUGCAGGGGCCACAGUCGUGGUGCCAGCGCCCGUGCUGCAGGUUGGACCACAGCGGCAGGCCACGGGCCCCGCACGGGCAGGUUUUCACCUUUGGCGAGCCGAAUAGAACGGCGAGCGGGGGGGCGGGCAGCGGGGGCCCUAACAUAUGCAGCAAGGCGCAAGAAGGCAAGGUCCUCCGCCAGUUCCGUCUUGUGCCCUCACUGAAGGAUCUCAAUGUCACCAAUGUAAAGAGUGGGCUACACCACACAUUUGUCUUCGCGGAGGAGCUGGCGAACCCAAUGGCCGCCGCCGGAGUGGGUGCAGCGGGUAUAACGGGCGGUGAACUAACGGACUGCAUUGGCGUGCAGCCUGCGCCAUCGCCACGUGACUGGGCGGGCAGCGACGCGGCUGGUGGAGUGGCGACCGCCUGGCGCAAAGUACGUAGAGGAACUGAACAGUGA